AUGGCUCAUUUGGUUUAUGAUGAAACUCCCUCUUUUGGAGCUGCAAACCAUGGACAGGCUCAACAACUUAUUCCGUUUCAAACCACUUCGAAUUCCUUAAGGAUCCUUCUCUUGCAUGGAAACUUGGAAAUAUGGAUCUACCACGCCAGAAACCUUCCCAACAUGGACGUGUUUCACAAGACACCGGGAGAAAUGGUUUCCAUGUUAUCUCGAAAACUUGGCGGCAAAAGCGAAAGUCGUAAGUCCAAAAGUGGAACCAGUGAUCCAUAUGUUACGGUUUCUGUGGCUGGUGCUGUCAUUGCCAGAACUUUUGUCAUCAACGACGAUGAAAACCCUGUGUGGACGCAACACUUCAACGUCCCCGUUGCACAUCAUGCUUCUGAAGUCCACUUUGUUGUUAAGGACUGUGAUAUUUUGGGUUCUGAGGUUAUUGGAGCCGUGGGGAUUCCAGUGGAACAGUUAUGUGGGGGUGCAAAAGUUGAAGGCUUUUUCCCCAUCCUUAACUCUAGCGGAAAACCCUGCAAGGAUGGAUCAGUGUUGAGUUUAUCCAUUCAGUACACCCCUGUUCAAAAUGUGCCUCUUUAUAUCGAUGGAGUAGGUGCUGGUCCUGAUUAUGAAGGGGUACCUGGUACCUAUUUUCCCCUGAGGAAAGGUGGAAAUGUUACUCUUUAUCAGGAUGCUCAUGUUCAUGAAGGUUGCCUUCCCAGUUUGGAGAUGGAUGGUGAUGUGAAUUAUGAGCAUAGAAGUUGUUGGCAUGACAUCUAUGAUGCAAUAAGUCAGGCUCGUCGAUUGGUUUAUAUUGUGGGGUGGUCUGUGUACUAUAAUGUUAGUCUCAUUCGGGAUAGGGAUGAUGGAAAGGGUUACACUUUAGGUGAACUUCUCAAAGCUAAAUCACAGGAAGGUGUCCGAGUGCUGCUCCUUGUGUGGGAUGAUCCCACUUCUAGAAGCAUGCUUGGAUAUAAAACGGUUGGACUUAUGAACACUCAUGAUGAGGACACUCGCCGAUUUUUCAAGCACUCUUCUGUGCGUGUGCUUCUUUGCCCUCGAUCUGGUGGAAAAGGACACAGCUGGGUCAAAAAGCAGGAAGCUGGAACAAUUUAUACCCAUCAUCAGAAGACUGUCAUUGUAGAUGCAGAUGCAGGUGAGAAUAAAAGAAAGAUUAUAGCUUUCAUCGGAGGUCUUGAUUUAUGUGUGGGUCGAUAUGAUACCCCAAACCAUCCCAUCUUUAGGACUUUGCAGACAACACACAAACAUGACUUUCAUAAUCCAAACUAUGAGGGGUCUGUUACUGGUUGUCCAAGACAACCAUGGCAUGAUUUGCAUUCACAAGUUGAUGGUCCAGCAGCAUAUGACAUCCUCACCAAUUUUGAGGAGCGUUGGUUAAGGGCAUUAAAAAUACAUAAACUUCAAAAGAUGAAAGGUUCACAUGACGAUUCCUUACUUAAAAUUGAUAGAAUCCCUGACAUUGUUGGCAUUGAUGAAGUUCCUUGCCUAGAUGAAGAUAACCAGGAGACAUGGCAUGUCCAGGUCUUCCGUUCAAUUGAUUCCAAUUCUGUGAAAGGAUUUCCAAAGGAACCAACAGAUGCCAUAAGAAUGAACUUGGUUUGUGGAAAGAAUGUGAUGAUAGACAUGAGCAUACAUUCUGCGUAUGUCAAGGCAAUUCGAGCAGCCCAAAAGUUCAUCUAUAUCGAGAACCAAUACUUUAUUGGCUCAUCAUACAAUUGGGAUACUUACAAAGAUCUUGGUGCAAACAACUUAAUUCCAAUGGAAAUUGCAUUGAAAAUAGCCGAAAAAAUCAAACAAAAUGAGAGAUUCUCUGUGUAUAUUGUCAUUCCUAUGUGGCCUGAAGGUGUACCUACAAGUACAGCUACUCAGCGGAUUCUCUUUUGGCAGUACAAAACAAUGGAAAUGAUGUAUGAAACGAUUUACAAGGCCUUACAAGAGGCCGGGCUUGACAAUGAGUAUGAACCACAGGACUACUUGAAUUUCUUUUGCCUCGGUAAUCGUGAGAUCCCUGACGAUGGAAAUGCUUCAAAUGUUGCAAAUCCUACUGGAGAUAGGCCUCAGAAACUCACUAAAAAGAACCGGAGAUUCAUGAUUUAUGUUCAUUCAAAAGGAAUGAUAGUGGAUGAUGAAUACGUGUUACUGGGGUCUGCAAACAUAAACCAACGAUCCUUGGAAGGCACCAGAGACACAGAGAUAGCAAUGGGAGCAUAUCAGCCUAAUCAUACUUGGGCAAUGAAGCAAUCUAAACCUAGUGGGCAGGUGUAUGGUUAUAGAAUGUCACUAUGGAGCGAACAUAUAGGAGGCGUAGAAGAAUGUUUUGAGGAACCAGAGAGCCUUGAAUGUGUAAGACGAAUAAGGUCAUUGAGUGAGUCUAACUGGAGACAAUACAUGGCUGAAGAGGUAACUGAAAUGGAAAGCCAUCUGUUAAAAUAUCCUCUUGAAGUUGAUUCAAAAGGUAAGGUGAAUCCUAUUCUUGGCUGUGAGACAUUCCCAGACGUCGGUGGCAACAUAAGUGGCACUUUUACUCUGCUCAAAGAAAAUCUCACUAUCUGAUAGAUCAUUUAUGUUAGUUCUCAAACUCAGUCAAUAAUAUUUAAUUAGAUUCUUUACGAUAUUCAGGGCAUCUUCAAUGGAUGGAAGCAACUUAUUUGAGUUGUUUCAUGCAUUGAAAAAUAA